ACGCCGUCAGAGAGGGAAGGGAGGGAGGCGGCGCAGCCGACGCUCGACGUCCUUCCCACCAGCUGCCGGCAAGUGCGGGCGGAAGUGAAAGCCUGUGUCUGAGCUGGGCCUGAGGAGGCGUCGGGGAAAGUGCUGUCUUUCCCCACCCUCCACUGCCUCUUCGGUUCGCGGUUGGAGGAGCGGUGAGACGAAUCUAGGUUUCCUGCCGCGGGUCUCUCCGACUGCGGAGCUUUUAUUCGCUUUUUGUUACUGCUAUUGUGGCGGCGGUGGUUGAGAGCUAGGCCCUGAAGGUGAGCCGACCAUGUUGGGUGAGGGCAGAGCUGUCAAGGGGGCUUCUCUAAAUCCAUGCGCGAAAACCUCACCUGUUAAUGUAAAGAAGGGGGGGGGUGAUAAUAGGAUGACGUAAUUUCUCUUCGCCGGAAGAGGACACCGUCGCAUGGAGAGACGGCGGGACGGGUAAGCCUGUUUGAGGCAAUUCGGUUAUUUUUUGGCCUCCUCGAUAUUAAAAUACAGCAAUAGGGUGGCUUGGCUUGGCUUGAGGCUGUCACCCUACUGCGUAUUUACUUGGCAGUAAAUCGGCCUGAAGUGGUGUACACGGGAUUAGGGCUGGACUGUAAGGGCUGGACUGUAGGCGUGUUUCUGACUGGUUUGGUCCUCAUAGUUAUGAAGAAUGCUCACCCAUCUUCCUGUUUUCACGCCUUUUCUUUUCCUUCCCCCACCCUUCAUCGAAUGUUUCUCUAGUCCGGAGUAUUGUUUGAAGCCGCUCUGCCCGUCUUUCCUUGUCAGUACUGGUCUGGGCUAGUCAAAUGCCAACCACUUCUCUGCCUCCACUUUACACCCUUGUGAUGAUUAAUGCUCGUCUGUUAAUCCGUAUAGAAUGUCCCUAAGCAUAUUUAUGAAGAAGUAAUAAUAAUAAUAAUAAUUUAUUACAUAUACCCCAUCCAUCUGGCAGGGUUUCCCCAGCCACUCUGGGCGGCUCCCAACAGAAUAUUAAACAGAAUAAAACUUCAAACAUUAAAAACUUCCCUAAACAGGGCUGCCUUCAGAUGUCUUCUAAAAGUCGGAUAGUUGUUUAUUUCCUUGACAUCUGAUGGGAGGGCAUUCCACAGGGCGGGCGCCACCACCAAGAAGGCCCUCUGCCUCCUUCCCUGUAAUCUCACUUCUUGCAGUGAGGGAACCGCCAGAAGGCCAUCGGCACUGGACCUUAGUGUCCAGGCUGAAUGAUGGGGGUGGAGACACUCCUUCAGGUAUACUGGGUCAUCUCCAGGGAGCUAAAUACAUACUAAGGAAUACCAUUUAUUUUCAAAGACUUUCUUUCAAAGAACAGACAUACUGAGCUUUGUUUUCCAAAAUGUCAUGCUAGGAACUUACUGUCAGUGAUUUACUUUUCCUCGAUCCUAUUUUGCCAUUCAGAUUUCUGACUGCAGUUCUCUGUUAGUGCUAUAUGACCAUAAGGUAUAUAGGCAUAUUCAUCAUGGGUACAUUAGUAAACCAAACUGUUGCAGGCACCACUUAUGCUUGGUUGUGGUGCCCACAUCAGUGUAUUCUGUUGACUACUGCAGAAUGUUCCUUUCAAUCCCUUAUUUCAGUAGGAAAAGGGGAUACUGUGGUGCCAGGGAAGGCAUCUGUGAUUUCAUGUGCACUAGCAGGUGCCAUGUUGGCAAGCUUUGCUAUAAACCAAUUAAUUGAGGAGAACAGAGGUGUAUAUUGCAUGCCUAAACACAUAGCCUCUCAUUUAAACAAAAUCAGACUGAUACUUAAAGUUGUUUUGGUUCCAGGAUUAUAAAUUAUGUUUUCAAAGGUGGCAUUAAAACAUACAUUCUGUCCAUGCAAUGAAGUGAUGCAUCCUGUGACUUUUGAGGAAUUAGCUAUACCAGAAACAACUUUUGUCUUGCUAAUCAAGUGUUUGUGUUUUUCAGACUCUCCUACUAUGGCGGAGAAGUGGGUCAAUGGACACUCUUCUUCAAUAUUAUGUUUGAACGUGAACAAAGAUGGUCUGUUGGCUUCAGGAGCAGAAGGAGGGGAGCUAACCAUCUGGAGUGAGGAAGGGACUCCAUUAGAACACACACUUCUCCAGAAAGCUGAUGAUGUCACCAGUGUUGUGUUUUCUCCCACCUGUUCCAAAAGACUAUAUGCUUCUCAUGGAGAGACUGUUAGCAUUUUGGAUACUAGAUGUCUCAAAGAGCCAGUUGAACAUUUCCAUGUAAAUGAUGAAGAGAUCAAUUGUCUUUCAGUAAAUGAAACAGAUAGUUUAUUAGGUGCUGCAGAUGAUUCUGGAGUAAUAAAGAUAAUUGAUCUGGAAAGCAAGAAGUUAAGCCGCUGCCUUAGACGACACUCAAAUAUUUGUGCAUCAGUUGUGUUUCGUCCUCAAAGACCUCAAAGCCUUCUUUCAUGUGGUCUGGAUAUGAAGGUGAUCAGCAUAAAAUGAAAGCUUCCUGUAGGGCACACACCAGCAAUGAUCUUUGAUACAUGUUUCUUUCCUCUCCUACUAUAUGUUAAUUUGUCUAUGAGCCUCCUGUGGCAUUAGAUGAAGUAAUCCUCCUAUAUUUGUAUUGAUCAGGAAUUAAGAUAGUCCCUUGUUAAAGACAGUAUGAGUGCCAGCCAGGGUAAAACAAGCAGGCAAGAUAAAAAGGAAUCAUUCUUGUAAAGUUGGCUUCCAGGGAGCCCCAGUAUCAAUUAAAUGGCUAAAUCAAAUGCUGAAGUAGUUUAACGGGAGGGCACAUAUUAAGUAAUAAAGAAUUCAACUGAGGGUGAGCAAAGUGCCCUUAUGCUACUGAGUAUAGACCAAAUCCCAAAUUAUUGGGUUUUUAUGCUAUGUUGAGCCCUGGUAUUUCUCUUUAUAGAGAUAUCCAGGUUCGUCAUCUUAAAUUUCUGCUGUGUGAGAAAUUCUUAAAGUUAGUGUGGUGAUUAAACUUCUUGAUUAUGCAUGUAGGGAAGUAAAAAUGCAACAAUGUUAUGGCUAUACAGACUCAAAUCGGAUAUUGUGUUUCCAAUCUUCAGACAGUGAUUUAGAGAUUGGGAAUGUGUUGCAGGCUGUCAUGGUCCCUGCUUCCCUAUUAUGCAUAGAUUCCCCUCUCUUUUCCACAAUUUGUGGUAUUCAUUAUAUUCAGAUUCAGCAAACUAAGAUUAGCACUCACAGGGCAUCUCCUCCAAAACAUGGUUUGAAGCAGGUUGGCACACAGUGUUUGGAGGCACAUCUGGUAAUGCUAACCUGUAUUUUGUUAGAUUCUGAUAAUUGUUUUAAACCAUAGUUAUCACAAGAAAGGAGAUGAGAAUUUUGCAGUUGAAGAAACGUGAGCCUGUGGCAUAUUCCCUAUCUUCAAAUUAAUGACCUGAAAUGUGAUGGUUGAUAAACCAGGGAGUCCUGCAUGACACAAGCAAUUUAUGGUGCAAUUUGAACCAUGUCUACUCAGAAAUAAGUUCUGUGGAAUUCAAAGGGACUUACAGAUAAGUGAGAUAAGGACUGCAGUAUAGUUUGGUUUUUGCACAAGCCAAUUCUAUUUUAACCAACACCCAUCUAUAAUAAAAGCAGUAUUAAACUAUUUAAAACGAAUAAUGGUAUACAUCUUUCAGUUCUUAGUUCUUAGUUUCUAUAAUGAGGCUUCUGAUUUAAGAAAGAAAUAAUUUUUGCUCAGUUCUUGGUUACUGGUCAUUGUAAUUAAUACAACAUAGUGUUGUCACGGGAAUGCUGAUGAAGUUUUCACAGCUUAGAUAAUGCAACAUUUUGAGAGCAACUGUUUCUUUGGUACAAGGUAAUUUGUUCAGCUUGGUAGAUGGAUAUAAUAAACAAAUGUAGUAAAAGUACUCUUAAGAAAUCUUUUGUGUAAUUUGUUUAAAGCUUCUCAAAGCUUAACAGUGAAACAUGCUACUAUAUAAAUGAUAGUAAACUGGUUUUUCCACUUGAUUUAUAGAUGCAGGAAAGCAUCACUUGGUGACAGCUACCUCAAUUUAUGACUCUGAGAAUAGAACAAUAUAAAGGAAACUUAAAAUUGUGUGCAAAUAGCAACAUGAACUCAUUUAGUGUGUGCUGGUAUAUGCCCUAUACAAAGAAAUAAUUCUGAUUUGUUCUAUUUGAAGGUUAUGAUGUGGAACUUGCAGAAAGCUCGCCCUCUGUGGAUUGUGGACUUGCAAGAGGAGGAAGUCAAUGAACAUUCAACUGGUCAGCUUUUUAACCCUCCAUUGGCCCAUUCCUUGUCUGUUUCUGCUUGUGGCAAUGUUUUUGGCUGUGGAGCUGAAGAUGGUAAAAUCAGAAUAUUUAGGGUAACAGGUACAAAGUUUGAGCAGGAGGCAGCAUUUAAGGGCCACUCCUUAGCAGUGUCACAGAUUUUCUUUCUACCAGAAGCCUACCGGUUCAUUACAGGAGGAAAUGAUGGCAGAGUGUUGUUGUGGGAUGUCAGCGAUGAACUAGGAAAACAGAAGAGUCCAGUCAAAUCCAUCCAUAGAAGGAGAACUAGGAUGCCCAACACCACCAAGAAACUUGACAAAAUAAAUGCAGAGUGUUCAAAUGAGCAUGUGCCAAUUUUACCAAAACUAACGAUUGAACAUGGAGAGAAGGUGAACUGGAUUUCAUGUGCAGAGAUUAAAGGCUCUAGAAGAAUACUGGUUGCUGAUCAGAGUACCAGUAUAUCAGUCUAUCCUAUUGCUGAAGCUUAGACAUGCCUUGGCCUAACCAUUUGUUUGAUACACCACCUUUAUUACCCCCAACUGCAGCUUUUCUGUAUAUUGCUAAAAAUAUUUAUUUUAGCAGUGGAUAAAGUUUAAUUCAUUGUAUCAGUAAUGGGAUAUCUUAUGAUAAACCAGGUAUUAACUUGCUGAUGAGUUUGAAAUAAAAUUCAGUUGUGAAUGUGUGUAUGUGUGAAUAACUUUUUGACAGGAGGAAAAAAAUGCAUAUUGGUACAUGCUAUUGUAAAUUCCAAUGCCAUCAGAAGACUUUCAAAGUAACUUGUGCUUAUGAUUUAGCUUUGAUCUUCCAGAUCCCUUCAUGCACACUUAAGUCAGGUGAACUACAUCUACCCAGUAUUUGGAUUUGAGCUUUAAUGUAUAAUUUAUCCAUGAGUAUGCCUGAAUUUCUCAAUGGUGGAUCCUAGAAGCUGUAUUUUCCUCUAUUGUGGUUCAAAAGCAAAAAGCUGAUUCCAAGGAAUCCUUAAGUCUUAAAUUAUGCAGCACAAUCUAGGUUUCUUCUAUGAAGAAAUCAAACAUGAGUUCCUAAUUAAUUUUUUUCAACCUAUUGUUACAUAGUUGUUAUAAAAUGUUAUCAAUAUGCCCAGGUUUAGAUACUUCUGCCUCGUUUAUUUACAUUAAUAUUAUUUUGCUGUUAUUAAAUCACAACUUACAAUUUACUUUUACUACACAAACUGAAAAUGUAAGUUUUAAAAGAAAAAACCAAUAUGCUAAAUUUUCUGCCAAUAAAAGCACCUUUCCUUUUAUCAGGGAAGUAUUUCUUUCAUAGCAUAGUGAUUCUUGGCUCAUUCUCAUCCUUUUGUUUGUAAGAGCAAAAGGUGUGCAGAAGGUGUGAUUGAUACUGACAACUGUAUGUAGGGAUAGUAGCAGCAUACUCUAAAAUCCUGGGUUUCUUCUUGAUCUUUUCAUAUUUAUGGAGAAUAAAGCUUUAACUGAUAAGGCUUUUGUGAGAUCUAAGCUGUGUAUACAAAUGGUGACUUAAACCUUUUAUAAGAGCCUAAUAUUGUUUCUGGUCAUUUUCUGUAAAGUAGGAAGUUUUGGAUGAUUAGAACAAUAAACAAAAGUGUUAACUUUUGCUUUUGCCACAGUACCAAACUUAUGGGUAUGCAAUUUUACUGGUAUCUUAAAAUGACAGGCAGGCAUUGACCAUGCUAUUCAAAUCAGCAAACUCUGGUUUAGAGGGUAAACCAUGCAUUUCAAGUAUGGACUGCAAGAGCAUAGUUUGUCAAUCUGGAUUAUUUAGCAAACAUGGAAUGACAAACUGAAAAUGAAGCUGUGUGCUUGAGGGGAAGAGGAGGUACACAAGCCUGCAGUUCAUUUCUAAACCUCUAAGCAAUGGUUUGAGGGAUGGGAUAAACUGAGGCAUUGAAUUAUAUAGCAAACAUUUCCUGUGCCCAAAAUAUUUACUUAUUUGAUAUAAACUGCCAUAUAUUCUGAGCAAAUUGCUGCACAGUUUUGCAACCACUACAUAUUUUCCCCUGCUCUGCUUGCUAUACGAAUGAAUGUCUUAUAGGUUAAGUAGCUGCUUCUUGGAACAUAUUUUGUCUUCUGGUUCUAAUAACAGAAUACAGAAGUCAUUUGUACUCUUGUAUCAGGAACAGAGGACAAAUGAGAUCAAUGCAUCUAUAAAUAGCUAGUUUUUUUACUUUAAAAGAGAUGUGUUCCUUUCACAUAUUUCGUGUAUGCGUAGGUAUAGAUAUGUAUAUGUAAAGAGGGGUGGCAAUUUCUUCAUACAUGUUCUCUUUGUACCUGAUGUGACUCAUGUAUAUUGCUACAGUUGGGUAUUGGGAGCUGAGCAGCAACUUACCAUAAAUGAUGUACUGGUAAAUGAAAAGAGAUGUAUUUAACAUGGGUGGCAACAUUAAUAUUUUAAAUACAUAAAGACUGAAGCAGUAAGCUGCUGUACCUCCCACACAGCAACCCAAUAUGAAUCUAAACAGACAUAGAUAGAAAAUUAGUAAUUUAACAGGUUAGUGUAGUUUGUGUGAAAAUAAUUCAUUUAUCUUCAUGUAAGCAAGAGAAACUGUCACAACUAAUCCACUGUGGUUCAAUAAACACCGUGCUUGUGGGCAUGUGUUAAUAAGCUAAACUUGGAUGUCCUGGCUUGCUAUAAAAAGAUAUAAGUGAAAAUUGACCUUCAGCACAAGUUGGAACUCCUGUUAUAUGUUUGCUGUCUGCUGCAAAAGAGAAGCUAACCAGCAUUUAAACAUACGGUUAUUUUUCUCUCCCUGAAGAUGGCCAGAGAAGCUAUAUCACUGUGUGCUCUGAACAAGACAUUAAACAGGUCAUGAAGGGGAAACCAAUUUGCUUUGUUGGGGGUAGAUUGUGAGAAACAGCAAAAAAAUUCACACGUUAUAAAUGAGAUGUUUAUAAUAUUGAUACUGUUUUUCUGCCUGAUGAAUUUCCAAGGCAGCUUACAAAAAGUGAUAUAUAAUACAUUAUUUUGGAAGGCAGCAGUUGCUACCUUUAUAUAGUAACUGCCUUUAUAUGAUGGUCUGGAUGAUGGUGGAAAAUGUCUACUGUCCAAGCCUUAAAUACUGUAUUGUUGAAUAUGCUGUUACAUAUUCUUUUAUGUCUAAUGAAAUUAUAGAAAUAAUGAAAAUAUUAAUGACUU